CCUCCAUCUCCAUCCGCGAGCACACCUCACCUUCUUCCUCUGUCGCUUCCUCUUGCUUUGAGAGCGUAUACAACCGCAAUCUCGGCGUCAACCCAACACGUACUGCUUGGACCGCAGCCGCGCACACCAGCGACGGCCGGCGAAGACACAUCCUCGUCACCUUCAGCUCUCGCAUCAACCUUGGGCCAUGCAGCGCAAGGCAUGGAUAUAGCUUUGCGCUCCAUCAGCAGCAGCAGCAGCUAUUGUAGAACCAGCAUCGUUCCACUCGACUAUCUGCAGAAACACCACACUUGCCGCUUCUAUGAAUGGACCGGUCCCAUCCCAUUCCACGUCCAAGCCGUAAGCGCUCCUGAUCCACCAGCGCACUCUCCUCGACCAACCCCGACUCCACACAAGACGCCCCGCCCCGCUGCUUCUUUGCUCAUCGCAGCGUAAUCAGCCAAGAUGAUGUCCACUAUCCCAGACCCCGUACUCGUUCUGAGCAUGGACCAGGUGCAGAAGAUGGAUCAGCUCGGACUGGACCAGCUCGCUGACCUGUGGCAUGUCUUCACCAAAUGCGCAGAGAUGCUCGAAUCAGGCCGCAGGCUCGAAAACCUCUCCUGGCGCCUGUGGUUCCGCGAGGCGCACCUCGUCUUCGACCCCUCGCAGGCGCACUCGCGCGCUGGCUCCAGCUUCGGCUCUGCAUCUGCGCUGCCGAGCAGCAUGGAGACCAGUCCGCUGCCGACACCGCACUACGGCCGCAGCCGUGCGGGAAGCAUGAGCUUUGGCGCGGCCGCUGCCGCUGCGGGCGCAGGCGCUCAACGAACCACCACUACCGCUUCUGCUCCUGCAGCUGCCAACAUGAACAGCGGCGGCAUUGACAGCCGCGAAAAGGCGUGCGCCAACGGGUUCGAGGACCCUGAGAGCGAUGCGGACGUCACCAGCCUCAGUGGCGGUGAGGGGGGCGGCGCAAGUGCAGAGGACGAGUUCGAGGACGUCAGCGACGACGAAGGCGACGGCGACGAAGCGCGCGGACAGGGCGACACGUUCAGGCCAUACGCAUCGGACGUUACUGCGGACAAGAACAGGGGGAGCAAGGGCAAGCACAACUACAGCUCGUCCAGCACGCUCUCACACAGUCCACACGCCGCCGCGGACAACGCGAGCGCAUCGACGGCCACGCGGCUUUCACCCACCGCCAGCCCCGACCGGGGGCGCGCAAGCGCAAGGGCGCGGGCGAACGAGCAGACUCUGCCUGAAAGCUCGACAGCGGGUCUGCAAGCCGCGCAAGCGUGCCAGCGUGCAGCCCCAUCAUUGGCGUCUUGCGCAGCAGUGGCGCCACUAUCAGAUGUCCAUGGCGGUAAUAUCGGUGGCCAGCGUGCCAGCUCGGCAGACACUGCAGCGACAGCGACAGCAGUGGCGGACACACCGAGACGGGAGCGGGAGAGAAGGGGCAAAGACCAGUCGCAUUCGCAUCGAAACCAUCAUCAACAUCAGCAGCAGCAGCGCCGUCGGCCCGUCAGCUUCCAAGCCGUCAUCGAGCGCCUUGCGUUACCUGGCACCAACGUCAGUACGCACGCCGACGCGAGCAGCAGCGGCGUUGGCGCCGCCUCCUCUUCGUCCGCCACCGAGGCUGCCGGCCAUGCGAGGGCAAACGGCGGCGCGGCACACCCGUGCGGCAAGGGUUGCGUGGCCACAGGCGCAGGCGAGACGGAGCGCGAAGCUUUCCUGCGCGAGCUGCGCCGGCCAAUCCCGCCGCUGCCGGCCGCCUCGCGCCCGCCUCUUAGUUCCGAUAGGCGCAUGGCGGGCGAGUCAGAGUCCACGGCUGCGAGUGCGGGCGCGGCUGCAAAACAGCAGGCACAGGCGCACACGUCGGCACCCCUGCAACCGCAGGCCAGAACCCCGCGUGCUCGGUCCGCGGAGGAAGGAUGCUGCACAUGCCGCUCGCGCGGCGUCGGGCCCGGCAACCGGCCAGGGCAAGGGCUGGUGCCCACUGCUCCAGCGCCGGCUUUCGUGUCGGGUUCCUCUGCGACGCAAGCGGUGGAGCAGGAAGGCGAGCAGCAACGGUCGCGCAUGUGGAGCAACCGCAGCGCGGAUCCCAUCGUGCAGAAUACUCAGGUCGUGAUUGAUGCUGUCGCUCUGCUUCCUGCCCCUGCUCCGAUUGCGUCACCUGCACCUACGCCUGCCACACAAGAGACGCGGCGCGAUCCCACAGACGCUGCGCGGUCAGCAGAUGAGGAGCCUGCCGGAGUGGACGUGGAGGACAAGCGCAUGGAGCAGGAGCAGAGGGAGAAGGUACAAAUGAAGGCAACCGCUGAGCAGGCAUCAGAACCUUCAGCGCCUGCUGCUGUCGACGAUGGAGCCGGCGCACCCGAAGUGUCGAUAGAAGGCAAAGCGUCCACAGCGGCCAAAGCGUUGAGCGGCACGAACAAGGCUCAUGCGAACGCACACACGCAUGCCCACCGCGUACACACUGCAGGCCGCCUCCAAGGCCGCAGCAAAUCUUCCCUUGGCCUGCACCGCGCCACGGCGGGUGGGCGCUCGCACCGCACUCUGGCGCAUGCACAUGCGCUUACCGGCCACGGGCACCAGCAGCACCAGUAUGCGAUGCAGCAGUCACUUGCGGCCAGGCAUGCGCGUGAAGGCAGCAAUGCGAGCGUUAGCAGCAACGGGAGCAGCAAUGCUGGUGCCAUCGGCGCUCCUCCUCCUCCUCCCCCUGCUAUUGAGAAGCAGAGGAGGGCUAGCCACGGCUCCGUGGGCAGCAACCUCGCCAUGACAAGGUCUGACACUGUCAAGAGCCGCUCACCUGCGCCUGCGCACACGGUCGUGCCGCAGCCCACAGCUGCGCCAGCUGCAGCUGGAGCCCUGGGGCAGGUGCAACCCCCAUCACGGCCCUCAGCAAGCCCGGCGAAAGGCCAGGCAGCGACGUCGCCUCCCACAAAAGCCACUCAGGCGAUGAGCACCGCCCCCAAGCGCAAGCCGGUCACGUUCACCAUGGGCGGCGACGAGUCGGACGAAGAGGCCGAGGGCUCGCAGUCGAGUCGUUCCGUCGGCCAGCGCUGCGCCGCUUCAUCGAGCGCUGCCACCGCGGCCGUGCCUGCGCAUACCAAGAAGCAUGUACAGCUUGCCCCGCCAUCGGCUGCUGUGAACGAAGAAGUCACAGAGGAUGACGAGUGGUCGAGCGACGACUCGUCAGAGGAGGACGAUGCGGUCAAGGCCGCCGAGGCAGCGAGGCUGGCCAGCCGCAAGCGGGAGGAGGAUCUUUUCAAGAAGGUGCCGAUCCGCAGCAAAAGCGCGGCGGACAUGCGCACGCUGCAGCCGCAGCAGAGCAUCAGCACAUCAAGCGCCAGUCCACCACUGCAGCCUGUGCGCGGCAUGCUCUCCUCUCUUUUCCACCCGGGGACCGAGCCGUCGCACUCGCCGCCUGGCCAGCUGGCCGGCCGGCCUCACGCGUCUGCUGCCGACUUGCGCAACAUGGGGGGCAUGAGCUCACUGCGCAUGUCCGCCGUCGACCGCUCCGCCACGACCAGCUUAACGUCCGCGCCGCCGGGCAAGACGACGUUCGAGCGCUCGGCGGCAGCGACGAGCCACGGUGCCGCCGCGAUGCACCUUCCGCGGACGCGAUCGAACCUUCGCAACUCCAGCGGCUUCAUCGGGAUCGGCGAGAACACCACCCUGCGCACCAGCAAGUCGGCCGUCGCGCUGCCCCUGCUCAACAUCACAUCGUCCAAGUCGACGACGAGCAUGGCGCAAGCGGCCGCUGAGGCGGCCAUGCACACGGACACUGGCUCCGUGAGCAGCCUGCACCACCCGAGCGAGUCAGGCACCUCGAUCUCCUUCAGCACGGCAGAUGGCGUGCUCGGCUCGUCGUACACUUCAUUGCGCGCUUCCCGGGACGGCAGCAGCAGUGGCGGUGGUUGGCGUGACAGUGUCGCGCUCGCCAAGCUCAACGAGCUUGCGGGAUCGCGCGGCUCGAGCAAUGGGCACAGCAACAAUAACAUCAACCACAGCAGCAGGGUCAACGGCCGCCGGCAGCGUUCAAACGAGCCUCGCAGCCAUUCUCACCAGCGGGCGGGCCACCACGAAAGGGACGGGCCGUCGCCAUCGUCGUUGCUGGCGCACGAGCACCACGAGCGGGAGCACGAAGAGUGGUCGCCGCAGCUGCAGGUCGUUGGGUCACAGCCGGAUAUGAACCGUGCCUGGUACGACACCAGCGCUGCUGCUUCUGCAGAGGAUGCGUCGGCGCCGUCGUCGUCGACCGCGACGCCACGGCAGAUGUCGGCGGUACAUGCGCACCACCACCGACUGCGCGCCGCAGCUGUGCCGGUUGAGCUGCCAGAAGGUGCGGCGCCGCAGACGCCACGGACGACGCGCCGCAACAUGCUGCGUGACGAGCUGAGCGAGAGCCUGCGCCAGAACCUGCUGUGGGAGCGCCAGAGCCGCAACCGCAUGCUGGGCAUCAUCCAGGUGCCGAUGCCUCCCGCCAAACAGCUGCAGCCGCAGCCGCAGCAGCUUUCGUCCUCAACGAGCGCACGUGCCUCCACGCCGCCUGUGCUGCGCAAGGAGACGGUCCUCAGUGGCGGUGGGAUCCGGCCGCUAACAUCUACGCGGACACACAGCGAGACGUCUGCGCACAUGAGCCGCGAGUUGUCAACCAGCGGCAGCGGAAGCAGUCGCGAUGGGCAGCAGCAGCAGCGCGAGGCAGUGAGGCGCUCGCAGAGCGAGUGGGGCGGGUCAUUCCACCACACCGGCUGGUGAUCAAGUACGCAUGAGCAUCUGGACAGGGGAGGGUGCAAUUUCUGUUGGUGCUCGCACAUUUUGGCUGCUGUAUUGUACAAGCGCAAAUGAGCAGGCCAUCGCACUUGAAUUUGGUUUCAUGCAUGCAGCACGCUGCGAACCUCGAGAGAAUGUAUGAUGUAUGCUAG